CCCGCCCCCGAGGUAGUCCCUACCCCGUCUGACUGGACCAAGGCCUGUGAGGCCAGCUGGCAGUGGGGGACUCUGACCACGUGGAACAGCCCCCCGGUGGUCCCGGCCAACGAGCCCAGCCUGCGGGAGCUGGUGCAGGGUCGCCCCUCCGGGGCCGAGAAGCCCUACAUCUGCAACGAGUGCGGCAAGAGCUUCAGCCAGUGGUCCAAGCUGCUGCGCCACCAGCGCAUCCACACGGGCGAGCGGCCCAACACCUGCUCGGAGUGCGGCAAGAGCUUCACGCAGAGCUCGCACCUGGUGCAGCACCAGCGCACGCACACGGGCGAGAAGCCCUACAAGUGCCCCGACUGCGGCAAGUGCUUCAGCUGGAGCUCCAACCUGGUGCAGCACCAGCGCACGCACACGGGCGAGAAGCCCUACAAGUGCACGGAGUGCGAGAAGGCCUUCACCCAGAGCACCAACCUCAUCAAGCACCAGCGCUCGCACACGGGAGAGAAGCCGUACAAGUGCGGCGAGUGCCGGCGGGCCUUCUACCGCAGCUCGGACCUCAUUCAGCACCAGGCCACGCACACGGGCGAGAAGCCCUACAAGUGCCCCGAGUGCGGCAAGCGCUUCGGCCAGAACCACAACCUCCUCAAGCACCAGAAGAUCCACGCCGGCGAGAAGCCCUACCGCUGCACCGAGUGCGGCAAGAGCUUCAUCCAGAGCUCGGAGCUGACCCAGCACCAGCGCACGCACACCGGCGAGAAGCCCUACGAGUGCCUGGAGUGCGGCAAGAGCUUCGGCCACAGCUCCACCCUCAUCAAGCACCAGCGGACUCACCUGCGCGAGGACCCCUUCAAGUGCCCGGUGUGCGGCAAGACCUUCACGCUGAGCGCCACGCUGCUGCGGCACCAGCGCACGCACACGGGCGAGCGGCCCUACAAGUGCCCCGAGUGCGGCAAGAGCUUCAGCGUCAGCUCCAACCUCAUCAACCACCAGCGCAUCCACCGCGGCGAGCGGCCCUACAUCUGCGCCGACUGCGGCAAGAGCUUCAUCAUGAGCUCCACCCUCAUCCGCCACCAGCGCAUCCACACGGGCGAGAAGCCCUACAAGUGCUCCGACUGCGGCAAGAGCUUCAUCCGCAGCUCCCACCUCAUCCAGCAUCGACGCACGCACACGGGCGAGAAGCCCUACAAGUGCCCCGAGUGCGGCAAGAGCUUCAGCCAGAGCUCCAACCUCAUCACCCAUGUCCGCACCCACAUGGAUGAGAACCUGUUCGUGUGCUCCGACUGCGGGAAGGCCUUCCUGGAGGCGCACGAGCUGGAGCAGCAUCGGGUGGUUCACGAGAGGGGCAAGACCCCAGCCCGGAGAGCUCAGGGCGACACCCUGCUAGGGUUGGGCGACCCUGCCCUGCUAACGCCACCCCCCGGAGCCAAACCACACAAGUGUCUUGUCUGCGGAAAGGGAUUCAACGACGAGGGCAUUUUCAUGCAGCAUCAGCGCAUCCAUAUUGGAGAAAACCCCUACAAAAAUUCAGAUGGCCUCAUCGCACACCCAGCCCCCAAGGCGCCUCAGUUCCGACCCCCCAGGCUCCCUUUCGGAGGGAAUUCCUAUCCAGGUGCUGCGGAGGGCAGAGCCGAACCCCCAGGACAGCCCUUUAAAAUGCCUGAAGGGCAGGAGAGCUUUGGCCAAAGGCUGGGCCUGCUCUCCUCCAAGUCCUACAUUUGUUCCCACUGUGGAGAAAGUUUUCUGGAUCGGGCUGUGCUCCUCCAACAUCAGCUCACCCACGGCAAUGAAAAGCCCUUUCUCUUUCCUGAUUAUAGGAUUGGUCUAGGGGAAGGGGCAGGGCCCAGUCCCUUCCUAAGUGGAAAGCCCUUUAAAUGCCCUGAAUGCAAAAAAAGCUUUGGCCUCAGCUCUGAGCUGCUGCUGCACCAGAAAGUGCAUGCAGGUGGAAAACCCCAGAAGAGUCCAGAGCUGGGGAAGAGCUCUUCUGUCCUCCUGGAGCACCUCAGGAGCCCCCUGGGGGCCAGGCCCUACAGCUGCUCAGAUUGUGGGGCCUCCUUUCUCGAUCGCCUGGCACUCGUCCGGCACCAGGAGACCCACACCCAAGAAAAGUCCCCCACCCCCGAGGAGCCCCUUCCAGAGCCAGCCACCCUGCCCACAAGCCAGGAAGAUGAGGGAGAGGCCCCCACCCGCACAGGGAGCAGCAGCCAUGGGGAUGGGGAAAACCCCAAGACCCUCUCAGAAGAAAAGCCCUAUUUGUGCCCUGAGUGUGGAGACGGCUUCGCAGAAGUCGCGGCCCUCCUCCUCCAUAGGAGCUGCCACCCAGGGGUCACCUUGUGA